AUGGCGCAGGCAGAGACACAAGGGGGAUCAAAGGCCACCUCCAUCACCGAGACGACCUUUGAAGACCCGAAGAAAGAAGAAGUAGAAACCACCGAAGCAACGGAGCAAGUCGACAUGGAUUCUCAACCUACAGCCCUCAAGGAGCAGACUACCGCCACAGAGAAGGAGGCCCAGGCCAAUCUGGAUGCGGAGGAGGACAUGCAAUAUCCACAUGGCCUCAAGCUGGUUGUUAUCCUCGCGGCUCUCUGUCUUGCCGUCUUCCUCGUCGCCUUGGACCAAACUAUCAUUGCAACUGCAAUCCCAAAGAUUACAGAUCACUUCAACAGCAUCAAGGAUAUUGGAUGGUACGGCAGCGCAUAUUUCCUUACGGCAACGGCCCUUCAGCCUACCUUUGGCAGGAUCUAUACUAUCUUCAAUAUCAAACUUGUGUUCAUUUCUGCCAUCGUGCUCUUUGAGCUUGGCUCUCUUGUCUGCGCGACCGCUCCUAGCAGUGUUGCGUUGAUUGUUGGAAGAGCUAUUGCUGGUAUGGGCACUGGAGGCUUGUUCUCAGGCGCGAUUGUCAUUAUGGCCUAUUGUUUGCCUCUUCGAAACCGGCCAGCUGCUUUUGGAUUGAUUGGGGGUAUGUGGGGAAUUGCCUCCGUAGCUGGACCUCUCCUCGGCGGCGUUGACCGAAUCAGUUGGAGAUGGUGCUUCUACAUCAACCUACCUAUCGGUGCCCUGUCGAUCCUAGUCAUCGUCCUCUUCUUGCACAUCACACGAGAAAACAACCCAGAAGGACUGACAAUCCCUCAGAGAAUUCUCAAGCUCGACCUAAUCGGCGCCUCGAUCCUUGUUCCCGCCGUCGUCUGCCUGCUUCUCGCCCUCCAGUGGGGCGGUUCUACAUACGCAUGGAACAGCUCUAAGAUCAUCGGCCUAUUCGUCGGAUUUGCCAUUCUUGCUCUUAUCUUCAUAGCCUCACAACUUAAGCUCGGCGACAAAGGAACACUGCCUCCGCGUUUGUUCCGCAACCGCAACGUCUGUCUCGCUCUAGCAUUUUCAUUUGUUUUUGGUUCCGGAUUCUUCACACUCAUUUUCUACCUAGCCAUCUACUUUCAGUCGGUUAAAGGCAGCACCGCAACCCAUGCAGGCAUCCAGCUCCUCCCUCUUCUGAUAUCCACGGUUCUCUCUUCGAUGCUCACAGGCGGACUGAUCACGGUGAUCGGAUCCUACGUCCCCGUCAUGCUCUUCUGCAUGGUACUCUUCGCAGUCGGAGGCGGCCUGAUCACAACCUUCUCGCUCACAACCCCCCUCUCAGCCUGGUUCGGCUAUCAAGUCCUCGCAGGCCUUGGAAUCGGAGUAGGUUUCCAAAGCGGAGUCCUGGUCGUGCAAACCGUCCUUCCCCUCUCCGACGUGCCCGUCGCUACGGCCUGUGUCUCAUUCUUCCAAACACUAGGCGGUGCUCUCUUCAUCUCCGUUGCACAAACACUCUUCCAGAAUGCACUACUUAGCGGCAUACAAAAGAACGCCCCCCAACUUCCUGCACAACUGUUCUUGCACAGCGGUGCCACGCAGAUCCGCGAGAUUCUUGCCAAACUACACCAAGAAGAUGCUCUCGAAGCCGUCUUACAGGCAUAUGUUGAUGGUUUGACACACUGUUAUUGGAUUACGACUGCUUGCGCGAUUGCUGCGUUCUUCUUCGUUUGUGGAUUGGAGUGGAAGAGUGUAAAGAAGGGACAUGGACAGGAUAAGAAAGAGGGCGACGCGGAGGCUGUGAAGGAGCCUGUUACUGCGUUUGCGUGA